UGGGUGGGUGACUGUGAGAGGGGCAAGCUGCAGUCAGCUGGUGAACGCAGUGUGAAGGAGGCAGCGCAGCCAGUCAACAGCGUGUGUGAGAAAGGGAGCGGGUGAGUGUGUGUGAGUGUGUGUGCGCGCGUCACAGAGUGAGAGGGAGAGAAAGAGAGAGAGAGAGAGAGAGAGAGAGAGAGAGAGAGAGAGAGAGAGAGGGGAGAAGAGAGGAAAGGAGAGGGACUUGCAUGAAUACACUACCACAUCAGGAAACAAACCUUUGACACACAAACACACACACGCUCAUACACACCUACAUACAUACACACACACACACAAGCACACAACAGUGUUUGCUCUUCACUGGUCUGUUGGUGCGGAUUCAUACAUUCAGAAGGAGGAAGGAGCAGCUCUUCUGACAUCAGCUCAAACAUUCUCUGUGCACAGGGACUUACAUCUGAAGCUCCAUGGCAACCAACAACACAGCCAGCAUCGCCCAGGCCCGUAAGCUGGUGGAACAGCUCAAGAUGGAGGCCAACAUAGACAGGAUAAAGGUGUCCAAGGCGGCGGCUGACCUGAUGUCAUACUGUGAGGCCCAGGCCAAAGGGGACCCACUCCUGUCGCCUGUGCCCGCCUCCGAGAACCCCUUCAGGGAGAAGAAGUUCUUCUGUGCCAUCCUGUGAGCGGGCAAGCAUCGGGCAUACAGCGGGCACUUGCCCACAGAUGCCAGAAAUGACUCGCGACACUUAGAACUCUUCUAGCAAGCGUGUGUGUGUGUAGAGUGUAUGUGGUGGUGAUGGUAGGUUGUGGUAGUGGGGGGGUAUCCUCUAGUACUACCUAAAAUGGCUCAUACUAAGGUGGAUAACUCACACACACACGCACACACACACAUGAACACACUCUCACACAGUGAGGUGAUCAACAACAAUGUGUGUAGAGGUGAGACGGGAAGGAAGUGAUGCAUGUUUUUUUGUAAACAAACAAACAACUUUUGUAAACAAACAAAGAAUAUUGUCCACCCUGAUCGAUGACUCAACAUUGACAGUCAAUGUAGAGGGUUUAAAAAGCAAAGAAACCUUAUUUUUUGGAGGAUUGAACACAUGAGUGUGGCUAGUGGUGUCAAGCUCUUCUACUGGACCUCUGUUUGUUAAGACAAUGUGUUAUAUAUUACUUUUUUGAAAUUUUAUUUUGUUUGAUAUUUCAGUGUUCCACUAUGGAUUUCUCCUUAUGAUAAAGUGGUGUGGCUACAUCAUAUAGAUAGCUUUCUAUCGAAUCUUUCACUUAAGUUGGCUUCUUUUUUUUUAAACUAUACAACAAGCAGUCUCUUUUCAGGUUCCUUUCUAUGACCGCUGUUGAACUCUGUAUGCCUGGUAAUGCCUCCUCUUUCUACUCUGUAUGAAUGUGCUAGCAAGUAAACUGUGCUGUGAUGUGCUCUGCUGACCUCACUUCCUGUUUCUAUUAAAGAUGGAAACUGAUUUGA